CACCGAGCCGGCCCGACUCAGGGCAGCACCGGAGCGGGCCGGGCAGCAGUGGGCGCUCGCGAUCCUCCUCUGCCCGGCGCGCUCUCCCUUAGGGCCCGGCCUCCUCCGUCCCCUCCUCCUGCUCCUGCUCCUCCUCCUGCUCCUCCCCUCCGCGGGACUGAUCGCUGAGCCUCCCGCCUGCAAAGUCCCCGGCGCGCGGGCAGCUACCAGCCGCCGCCACUGCUGGGUCUCCGUGGGGGUCCGCAUCCCCUGCCUCGCCCGCCUGCUCCGAGGCGCUCCGAAGCUCGCUCCGCGGGCCGCCGGUGCUCCGCGGCGCUGCCCAUGGCUCAGCCCGAGAGCCGACUUCGGGCGCCGGACCGGCUCGACCGCGGCGCUGCUCAGUAAUUGGCGGCCUGCGACACCCAUGUGUCACUGAUUAGGAGGCAUUCCCCGAGGCAGCGCUUCAUGACCCAGCGGCGCCGGGCCCAGUGAAGCCACCAUGGUGUCCAGCACGGCCGCGCUGCUCCUGGGCGCGGUGCUGCUGGUGGCCCAGCUCCAGCUAGUGCCUUCCCGCCCUGCAGCGCCCGGGGACGCGCCGGGCCAGCCGGAGCUCGCGCGCAGAGCAGCCACCCUCCAGGGUGAGGGCCGAGAAGGCGCGGCUCCCAACGGCUCGGCCCAGCAGCUGCCGCAGACCAUCAUCAUCGGCGUGCGCAAGGGCGGCACGCGCGCGCUGCUGGAGAUGCUCAGCCUGCACCCCGACGUGGCGGCCGCUGAGAACGAGGUCCACUUCUUCGACUGGGAGGAGCACUACAGCCAAGGCCUGGGCUGGUACCUGGGCCAGAUGCCCUUCUCGUCCCCGCGCCAGCUCACGGUGGAGAAGACCCCCGCGUACUUCACGUCGCCCAAAGUGCCUGAGCGUGUCCACAGCAUGAACCCGGGCAUCCGGCUGCUGCUCAUCCUGCGGGACCCGUCCGAGCGCGUGCUGUCCGACUACACCCAAGUGUUCUACAACCACGUGCAGAAGCGCAAGCCCUAUCCGUCCAUCGAGGAGUUCCUGGUGCGCGACGGCCGGCUCAACGUGGGCUACAAGGCGCUCAACCGCAGCCUCUACCACGUGCACUUGCAGAACUGGCUGCGCUUCUUCCCGCUGCGCCGCAUCCACAUCGUCGACGGCGACCGCCUCAUCAGGGACCCUUUCCCCGAGAUCCAGAAGGUCGAGCAGUUCCUGAAGCUGUCCCCACAGAUCAACGCCUCGAACUUCUACUUUAACAAAACCAAGGGCUUUUACUGCCUGCGGGACGGCGGACGGGACCGCUGUUUGCACGAGUCCAAAGGCCGGGCGCACCCCCAAGUUGACCCCAGACUCCUCAGUAAACUGCACGAAUAUUUUCACGAGCCAAAUAAGAAAUUCUUCGAGCUUGUGGGCAGGACAUUUGACUGGCACUGAUUUGCAAUAACCUAGGCUCGGAACCUUUCCUAUUGUAAGUUCUGGUGUACAUCGGGGGAGGAAAAAAAAAAUUUUAAAAGGGCAUUUAAGCUAUAAUUUAUUUGUAAAAUCCAUAAAUUACUUCUGUACAGUAUUAGAUUCACAAUUGCCAUAUAUACUAGUUAUAUUUUUCUACUUGGUAAAUUGAGGGCAUUUUGUAUUGUUUUUCAUGGUUGUUAACAUUGUGUAAUAUGUCUCUAUAUGAAGGAACUAAAAUAUUUCACU